AUGGCGGUGCUUGCCCACUUGCUGUGUGCAGCGGGGGUUUGUCUGUGCCUAUAUUCUAGCACGGCAGGAUUCCCUGGCCAGAAUUUCGUUGAGGUGAAGAUUAAGGAACCUGCCGCUGGAUCAGUCAGAGGUGUGCAUCAGAGGGUCUCUGUACCGGGACUAGCUCGGGAGCCGGAUGGACGGGGAACGUUGCAUCAGAAGGCAGGCAACGUUUGGGCUGCCUUUGUGCUCUGCCUUUUCCUGUGGUGGCCGUUUGCCGCAGUAGCACGAGAUGGCACCGUAUCACCGCCGACCUGCGUUGCGAUCAUCGAUGCCUCUGUGAAUUGCCCAGCUCGGCCAGCCAUUGGUGCAAAGAAGAACGUUGAGAUUCAGCUCAAGUCUGCCAAGGAUCGGCUGGAAGCGGCAGAGAAGGAGCUGGGCAAGGCAAUCGGGUUAGGCGAGUCCGAUAGAGGCGAGCCUGAGAUGGUGGACUUCUGGCAGAAGGAGCUGGAGCGAAUCAGCAUGAACGAAACGUUUCUCAAGGAUCUUCAAGACAGGUUGAAAACAGACAAGCAAACUCGACUUGUCGGUCAACUCAAAAUUGAGACGUCCGAUGUCGCGAAGGAGGAACGGUUUUGGUGCGAAGCGCUUGGGAUGCAACGUUAUGCAUCACUUCCUGGUGGUGGCGUGCUGGUUGGGUUUGGUCCCCCGAGCCUGGGGGGUGAAGAGGGUGGGUAUUUUGCAAUCAAGAUUGUGCCCUCCGCAUCAACACCAGGUGCUGGCAAAUCGGACGCGUCGUCCAAGGCACCCCGCCUCAGUUUCGUCCAAACAGUGACACCUGCUCUAGUCCGCAUCUCGAGGGUGGUUUCAACAGGAGGGCAGCUAAUUGAUGGCUAUGGUUACUAUGCUGUCCAAUCCCCUGCCGGAGUCAUGGUGCGUGCUUAUGUGGAAGACCGGCGUGAUCCCGUCGAGUUGAUCGCCUUAUCUGUGGAACCAGAAGCUUUUGAGGAGACCAGCAAAAGCUUGCGCGAUGCUGGGCUGGAGGCGCGUGGUGCGUACAAGCUCGUGUCGCCCGAAAUGCAGGCCUACAUGCCAGAACUCCCGCCCGGCAACAUGUUGUUUGGUUCUGGAGACGCAAGACAGAAUGUUCAGGUCCUGCUGUUGCCAGAUGUGAAGGAAUCGACAGAAGCUGGUGGAGUUGCAGGGCUCGUGAAAGAGCUCGGACGCGGUCCGACGCUGGUGGUUAACGAAGACAGUUCGGUCGGCGUCGGAAUGUUGGAUGUAGCCGAACGUCCGCAAGUGCCCCAGUCCCUGGCCAAGAGUCCAGAGCUGACCAUAUACGGCCCAGAGACCGGUGCCACCGUUGAUGGCGGCAGCGAGAGGCAGAUUCUGACACUUCGUUGCUUCUUGGUUAGCGGGGACUCCAUCUUCGACAAGCUAGACCCAUAUUGCAUCGUGAAGCUUGGUGAGUUCAAGCGUUUCCAGACUCCGGUCAUGUGGAACGUUGGAGUGAACCCGCAAUUUGAGUACCAAGGCGUGUUGACUUUCGCCGAGGAAGAGGCAAGUUUCGGGGGCUUCGCCAACACUCUGAGAACCGAGUUGUUUCUCUUAGGAACUGGAAAUUAUCGCGCCUUGGCACCGUCAAUUCGUUGCAUCGCCACGUGGCUGCCAACAGGACAGAAUCUAGAGUCUGAGGUCAUGGACCACGACAAGUUCUCUGCAGAUGAUCUGUGUGGCAGCUGCACAGUCAAGGUUUCGGAUUUGCAUGAUGGAUGGUAUGGGAAGGUGGAGCUGCAGCGGCCAAAGCGCACGAUCGGAGCUUCUAAAGACGACGAGCAGUUGAUGGAGCCAGCAGGGAAGAUCUACUUUGGAGUCCGCUACGACUACGAGAAGAUCAGCGCGCUCACGAAGCAAGCCAAGCAGCGAGUUUGGCCAAAUCAGGUACUUUUUAAUCUCGGUGGAAACGAAGCCUGGGGUCACGAGACCAUUAUGCUGGGACCGGUCUUCCAGCGGACCCUGGAAGGUGCUGCGAACGCCACAGCAUUUGCUUUGGAGCUCUCGAACUUCCGCAUAAUCGGUGGCUACCAGAGAGGCACCAAUGAGAAGAUCACAUUGCUGAAGACCUCGAAGAAGAGAUUCGUGGACUUUGUCCGCAAAAGCCAACGAGAAAAACAGUUCAUGCAGUCCUGCCGUAUCUCUGCCUUGGACAAGCAAUCGACGGUCAAGGGGAUCAUCAAGGUGCUGAUUGAGCGAUGGGAGACUGAGGAUCAGGCUGAUACCAUGCGGAAAGGCUUGUUCGACAUGUCGAAAGUGGAAGAAGCCGUAGACCCCAGCCGCUUCCGGGUCGCUUAUCGCGGCACGAAGGCUCAUAUAUCGGUCCGGAAUGCGCUGAAUUUGAGUGGUGGUGGCUGGUUUGACAAGCUCGAUCCAUAUGCGAUUGUCAGGUUUCGUGGCAGUAAGUCCGAGUUCAGAACCAGCGUUCUUCAAGAUGCCGGUUCAGAUCCCAUAUGGAACUGUGAAGGGCCUUUGGCGUACAACGGUGAAGUCGCUUUGGAGAUUUCGGUUUGGGACUAUGACCAUUACAGCUCUGACGAUCUCGUCGGCACCGGAGUCGUUCAGGUGGAGCAGUUCUGCAACGGGUUUGAGGGCAUGGUACCUCUGAGCUUGCCGUCUGACAAGAAGAAAAAGAAAAAGACCUUAAAGCAGAGCAUGAUCACCAUCGGCAUCUUGUGGGAUGCACCUCAGGACCCAGGCGUUCGACAAAAUGAGCCAGCUCUUGGGAUGACAGCAGGCACGAAAGCUCUCAUGAGUUGA